AUGUCAACCUCUUCCAACCUCCUGCGAAUUGUCUUUCUCUAUGCUGCCCACUGCCUUAUACCUGCGACUCUCCUAAUAACAACAACAAAGCAAUCUGUUGUUCGGUAUCUGUCAAUUCCAUGCUCUAUCUUUAUUGUAUAUCGAGCUAUACCGGUAGCCACAGCGCUGGGUCCAGGAUUCGUAUGGUGUGAAUGCGUUCGUCUAUUCAUAACCAUCAUCUUCCAAUGCAUAAACUUGCUGCUCAUCAACCCCAAGGAUAGCAAUGAUUUGCCUUCUAGGGGUAGUCAGAUCUCUGUAGCUCGAAUUUAUGCCGCCACCCGGCUCUUUACUGACCCUCGUGGAAUCAACACUCCCUGGCAAAUAAAAAAUGCUCCACCACAGCCAGCAUAUUAUAAACGACGUGGUAUGAGCACGCCUCCUCGAGAUCGCUUUUUGGUUCGCCAAAUAGCCAUUGUUGUUUGGCAAUAUCUAGUUUUGGAUGUAUUUGCUACUCUUGGGUUGCAACAGGCAUUGGAGCAAGAGAAAAGUGGGAUGUUGCCGCCGGUGCCUCAAUGGGAUAUAUCAACCGAACAAUGGAUUGAACGUAUUAUUUCAAACGUCAUGGCUGGAUUUGUGGUGAGCCGAAUCCUUAUCGACUUCCACCAUCGUGCCUUUUCCAUAAUUAUCGUGGGACUUGGACUGGACUCGCCUGAAAAUUGCCCUCCGUUGUACGGAAGAGCACUAGAUGCCGAUACAAUACGGGGCUUCUGGGCGAAAUUUUGGCACCAAUUGUUACAAAAUCCUCUGACCUCUGUCAGUGCCUUCAUCACUCAAGACCUAUUAGGUCUAAGGCCAAGGUCAUUUUUGCAGCGGUAUAUGAAUGUUUUUGUUGUUUUCUUUUGUUCGGGGGGGCUGCAUUUCGUUCUCGAUAUUGUGCAGGGAAUCCCAGCACAAGAAUCCGGCGCCAUGUUAUUCUUCCUCACGGCCCCGCUAGGCCUCAUGAUUGAAGAUGGCGUCAAAGCGAUUUGGGGGUCUUUUUCGAAGUCCAAUGGACAAAGCCAAAAAAAUCCCAAACCGCUGUGGCAAAGGGCUCUUGGCCUAACGUGGUCUAUGGCAUGGCUGGGUAUCACCUCAACUGGGUUCUUCUACCCACAAGUGGUGAGGCCACAAAAUCAGGCUCUUGUUCCUUUGUCUGUGGCAGGGCAGAUUGGACUGCCUAUACAGGCAGGGAUUGUUCUGGUUAGUGGUGCUGUGUUAGCAAAGUUAUUUGAGGUUGAGGUUUGA